CCACCAUCUACCUACCAACAUAUACUCAAUUCAAUCCAAUUAAACCCAAUCCAUCCAAAAUGGUCUUCCGCUUCGCAAAAACCCUCGACCCAAUAACCCUCUUCCACGCCCCCAACCUCUCCAGCAGCAAAUCCGCCCUGUCCAUCCUCCAACGCGCCUCCACAACAGCAGCAAGCACGACAGGCACUCCCCGCGGCGAAUUCCAGCUGGAGGUGAGCACUGCGCCGCCGACGAACGACCAGUUGCGGAAUAUUCUCGAGUAUGUAUCUGGAAGUGGAGUGUCCGGGAGUGGUGCGGGGAUUGGGAAGGUGUAUGGUGUGGGCGAGGUGGUGAGGGGGGCGAGGGAUGCGGAGGAUGCGGUUAAGAGGUUUAAGGCGGAUCCUGAAGGGACGUUUGUUAGACCUAUUACAGUCGAUUGGACGAAAGGACAGGCUGUGGUUGGGGAUAAUGAGUCGGAGAUUCUCAAAAUGGUGCAGGAGUUGGAGUGAAGGGAUUGACUAUUCUGAUUCUAGUAUACUGCACUCAUGCAGGUCUACCAUAGCUGUAUCAUACACAACUCCU